AUGAAAUGGAGCACAGGAUUCACAAAGACGUUCUCCUGUAGGCUCCCAAUUAUGGGUGCUCCGAUGCUUGGUCCCUCAGGAGGUCAAUUGGCGGCUGAAACUUGCCGUGCUGGUGGAUUGGGAUUCCUUGCUGCUGGCCACCUGAAUAGCAAAGAGGCCUUGCACAGUUUAGAACGAGAAAUCGAAAUAUUCAAGGAGGCGUCAAACAACGAGGAGUUUCCUUUGUGCAUUGGAUUCAUUGGCCACAGCACCUUUGCUACCGAACAGGGAUGGUCUUUGUUUGAAAAUGUUUUAGAAGAUUAUAAUCCAAGUGUGAUCCAAGUAUUCGCUCCAGCUAUUAGUUAUAUGAAGAACAAUGGUACCAAGACAAGUGUUGUGCAGCUGGCACAUUCCUAUGGAUGCAAGGUUAUCGCACAAGUGGGUUGUGAAAGUGAUGGUGCCCGGGCUCUUAAAGAAGGCGUGGACUGUGUAAUUGCACAAGGGACAGAGGCAGGUGGACAUGGCGUCCGACGAGAACAUGGCUGUGGAACCUUGUCUCUGACCUCUCGAUUGGUAAAGCUUUCGAAAGGGAAAAUUCCCGUGUUGGCCGCGGGUGGGAUCGUCGAUGGUAGCGGAUUAAUAGCUGCACUUGCUCUAGGAGCUGACGGGGUAGUUUUGGGAACACGCUUAUGGGCUUCUAAUGAGGCAAAAGGACCAUCAGCCUACAAAGAUGCCAUGGUAGCUGCAACGAGCGCAGAUCAGGUUGUUCGAACUGAAGCAUUUGAUGUCAUCUGGAACUCUUACCGAGGGACAAAGUGGCCGGCACCCUUCGAUUCCUCUGGAGUAUUGAGAAAUAAGUUUACAGACGCUUGGGAUGAGAAAAUACCCGAUUUGAGAAAAGAGUUGGAGAGUGGAGAAGAGUCCAAUAUCGUCAAGGAGUUCAAGGAAUGUAGUGCCGCCCAAGACACAGAUUUCAGCUGUGUAUUCAGUGGCAAAGGUGUUGCUUCAAUAGAUUCCAUUGAACCUGCAUUUGAUAUCAUCACAAAUAUUGAGAAGGAGGCGAUAAAGAGCCUUCAACGAGUGAAUGUAGUAGCACAAGAAUAA